GCGCCCGCGGUGAAAAAGGGGGCGCAGAGGCUGCUGGGAUAGCGGAGGACGAUUUUUCCCGCCGCUGGCCGCUCCUGAGGUGAGGGAGAGUGUCGUCAUGUCUCAAACGGAUCCCGAGCUGCUCCUGCAAGAGUUGGGAGGCUGGGACUGGGAGCUCUGCCGCCGGGAGUUGCCCGCCGUCCUGCCGCGGCUCCUUUCUCUGUAUCAAGAGUCUGAAGACUGGACUGAGCAUAUUCGUGUUUUGAGGAUCCUGACUGAAAUGUUUUUGCCCCAUAUCAGCCUCACAGAUUUGGAACAAACUUUUUUCUCAAAAGUAUUACCUAAGACUCUACAGUUAUUUGAUAACUUGAUGUAUGAAUUAUCCAGUGAGGCCAAAGGAUUAACCAGCCAGAAUACAGAGUUACGCAGUACUGUAAGGAAUCUUCUACAGACUAUGGUGCAACUGUUGGAAACUCUGACUGGUUGUGUACGAUACGUCUGCACGCUGCAGGAGUGUGUGCCUCUGGAGAGCAUCCGCACCCUUCCAUCCUCCGUUCUUUAUGUAAUAAAGAGCACAUUUACACACUGCAAGGACAGCGAAUCAGUGUACUGUGGGCAUCUGCACUUGAUUUCUGACCUCCUCCAAGCUAUGUUCAAGGAAACUUACUCUCUUCAGAAGCAGCUGAUGGAACUACUUGAUAUGAUUUCCAUGGACUCUACUUCUACCGAAGAUAACAUCACAGAUAUGGUGUCGGUAAUCCACACUGUGCUGGAGAUAUGCUCUGUCAUUUCCAAUAUGGACCACGCUCUUCAUGCCAAUACGUGGAAGUUCAUAAUCAAGCAAAGCCUGAAGCAUCAUUCUCUGCUGCAGUGCCAUCUGAAACACAGCGACAUACUCAGUGGCCUCUGCAAGGACACUCUUCUUUCUUUUCAAUCCUGUUUGCAACUGGCUGAGCAAAUGAAGAUGUCGGAGAUACAGGAGGGUACUGACCUUAGGCUGUUCCAGAAGACAGUCAAACUGUGCAGGUUCUUUGCUAAUUCCCUUGUACACUACACCAAGUUGCAUCAGCUCUUUCUUCAGAUAUACAGCAAAUUUCCUCCCAGUCUCUAUGCUCCAGAGAUCUCAGAAGUUCAUCGAGAUGAAAUAUCUCGGGUUUUUCUUGUGGCUCUGGACCCUCUCAUCAGCCAGCUUCUUCCCUUUACCCCUUUUAUGGAGCAAGUGUUAAGUGAAAAGUUAGAUCUCCCUGCUGAGCAGCAGCUGCCCCAGUGUCUCAUCCUGAUUACCAUAAUGGACAAGCUGUCCUCUCAGCCUGAAGAAGUGCAAACUCUCUGGAACAUAGGAAAAAGCCUGUCAUUGUUUUCAGCUCUCUUCUUCAGUUUCCAGCAAUGUUCUGGUGAGCUUUCUCUUCCUGUUUGUUUGCCAGAGGUGAUCAGUACAGGACAGCCAGCAGCUCCCAUCACCCUUUAUCACUAUGUCUGUGUCCACCUGUGCUCCUUCAUUGCUUCCACACCCCCAUCGCACUUUCCUCAGCUGGAGUAUGCUCUGCUGGAUGCUGUGCUGGGUUCUAGUAUGAUCACGUCUCUGCUAGCAAUGGACUCGUGGUGCUUCCUUGCCAGGUAUGGAACAGCUGAACUGUGUGCUCACCACGUCGUUGUGAUCGCCCACUUGAUAAAGUCUUGGCCCAGUGACUCUUACCAGGUCUCUGCCUUGGGUGUUCUGCUGAGGCGUAUGCUGUUCUUGAUGGCUCCAGAUCAUCAGGUAGAAUUUGCUCAUAAGUUUCUUCCAGAAGAAGUGGAGAACUUGGCUGUGUGGCAGCACAUAUCCCUCAAGGCCCUGAAUCCUGAUCUUAGGAAGCGAGUGGCGUGUCAGCUCUGCGUGGCAGGGCUGGCGCAGUGCAGGCAAUGGCUGAAUAGCAGGCGUGCUUUGGGAGAGCUCCGACCUGUGAAUACUGCUCUUUCUGUCUUGCUGGCUGCCUGCAAUUUUGCUGGUGACACUCUGGAGGCAGAACUUCAGGCAUCUGUCUUGGGAGUGCUCGGUCAGUUCUGGACUUUUCUCCAGGCCAAACAGGUCUCAGAGGAGCCAAGUCUCCAGCAGGCACUGUGUUUAUUACUUCACCUUUUGGAAUUUUUCAUCCAAGCAUUAGAUGCUGAACUGAUUACUCAGGUAUUUGCUCUGCAGUCUUCCCUUUUCCGGUUGGAUCCCCCAGAUCACGUUCGUCUAGCAAUGGUGGAUUUUCUCUCUUCUAUGGGAAAGGUGUUUAUACCACAAGAAGCACAGAGGCAAGUUGUACCCCAGUUGUCAUGUUUGUUUGCUUCUCUGCUGGCUGACCAGACCUGGCUGAUUCAUCAGCAUGCGUUGGAGGCAUUCACGCAUUUUGCGGAGGAAACAAGCCAUGAAGAUGUUGUUCCUCAGUGCCUUAAUUCUGAAGAAACUAAGAACAAAGUUGUUAGUUUUCUGGCUAAGAUGAGGCAAGUAGAAGAGACAACAGAAGCACGAAUAGAACGCCUGAAGCAAGAAAGGAUUACCUGUAGCGCACAGCUUAUGAAAAAGGAUGGAGAAUUGGAGUCAACAGGAGAGCCUCUGGCAAAAAGAGCCUGUCACCCACCCUCUGAGGAGCAGUAUAAGUCAGCCGUAGGCACGAUGGAGGGGGCAGUGGAGGCUGUGAAGCUGCUGCUCCGGAAAGGGUCACCCCCUGCUUGGCUUGCGGUGAGACUGGAGGCUCUACAUACGGCUAUAGCCAACCUCAGAGACAGUGUACGUUUUUCAGAGCAGGGAUGAGUUCUGGAACAAUCGCUUACACCACUCUUGGCCUCCAGUAGCACGUCAGCACCAACACACCCAUCGCACUCUUCCUCUUUCUGGU